AUGACGACCGCGCCCGGUACGGGACGAUCCGAGUCGCGCGUCUAUGCCGAUGUCAACGACAAAUUCGGUCGCAGCUGGUGGGACUACGAUGGGCUCAUGGUCUCGUGGGGCGUGCAGGACAACUACGAGGUCAUCAAGAAGGUCGGACGGGGGAAGGUGAGUCGAGCCGAGCGCAACUAUCUCUCUCCUUCACCGCCGACAGAAAGGAGAGAGGGCUCUUCCCGCGCCAUGAAAGAGAUGCACACUCUCGGUGCAACUGCGUAUGGGCCGUCACUCUAGUCGGUGGAGCAGCACAUCUUUCGAGGAGGCGCUAUGGGCUGCAGCGCGCACGAUCCUGUCACGGGGGAGGCACCGCGGUCGGUCUCCGCUCGUCGGACACCGACCGGGUCGACCGACCUGCGACCUGGAAUACCACCUCCUUCUCGGCCUCCGUCCCUGCGACGACCCCGACCAGACCCGCCUCAGGUUUGCCAUACACGAGCACUGGCACUUCUCACACACUCCCGUUCCGCACCACCACAGUACUCGGAAGUGUUCCAGGGCGUGAACGUGAUCAACAACGAGCAAUGCGUCAUCAAGGUGCUCAAGCCGGUCAAGAAGAAGAAGAUCAAGCGCGAGAUCAAGAUCCUGCAGAACCUCGCCGGCGGGCCCAACAUCAUCACUCUCUUGGACGUCGUCAGGGAUCCUCAGGUCAGUGUCCGGAUCACCUUUGGGCUUGGCGAGGGGGCUUUGCUCCGGGCGACAAAUCUGACUUGUUCAUCGACGAGCGCACACAGUCAAAGACGCCGAGUAUCAUCUUUGAAAACGUCAACAACACCGACUUCAAAGUACUCUACCCCAAAUUCACCGAUUACGACGUCGUAAGUGCUGCCCCUUGGCGCGACGUAUCCAAGUCGAACGACGACACUGACCCCCCACUCCACCUCUUCUCGACCCUUCAAAGCGGUACUACAUCAACGAACUGCUCAAAGCGCUCGAUUUCUGCCACUCGAGAGGCAUCAUGCACCGCGACGUCAAGCCGCAUAACGUCAUGAUCGAUCACGAGAAGCGUCAACUGCGUCUCAUCGACUGGGGGUUGGCCGAAUUCUUCUUCCCCGCGACCGCUUACAACGUUCGCGUCGCGUCGAGGUAUUUCAAAGGGCCGGAGUUGUUGGUUGAUUUCCAAGAGUAUGACUACUCGUUGGAUAUGUGGUCCCUGGGGUGCAUGUUCGCUUCGAUGGUACGUUCGUCGUGGGAACCGUGUUGAGCCUCCUGACAAGAGUGCUGACUCGGACAGUACGUGGAGACGUACAGAUCUUCCGCAAGGAGCCCUUUUUCCAUGGUCAUGACAACUAUGACCAACUUGUUAAAAUUACCAAAGUGCUCGGCACCGACCAACUGUACUCAUACCUAGGCAAGCUCCGGACGAGCACACAACCAUCGCCACAUCCCAAACGAGCUGACCAUUCCUCCUCUUGUCGACACCACUUCCUUAUAAAAACACAAACAGAGAAGUACGACAUCGAGCUCUCCAGCGAAUUCGACGAGAUCCUCGACCGCUACGCCAAGAAACCCUGGUCACGUUUCAUCACCUCGGAGAACCAACGCUUCAUCUCGAACGAGGCGAUCGACUUCCUCGACAAGCUGCUGAGGUACGACCACCAGGAACGGUUGACGGCGCAGGAGGCGAUGCAGCAUGCAUAUUUCGAACCAGUUAGGAUCGCGGCAAAACAGGCUGAAUUGGAGAGGGCCGCGGCGGGAGGGGCACCACAGGGGCAGCAUGCGGAGGCUUGA